AUGAACCCCCUUCGUCUCAUAGGCACAGCUCUAUGCUGUGUUGCAAUUGUGUUUGGAGGAUUAACUUUCUCCUCAGAUGCACAACUUGACCCAAAUUUUUACAUUCGAAGUUGUCCUCAAUUGCAGUCUAUAGUAUAUCAAAUCUUAUCCAAUGUUGCUACAAAGGAUCCACGAAUGCCAGCUAGUCUCAUCAGGCUCCACUUUCAUGAUUGCUUUGUUCAAGGUUGUGAUGCAUCAGUUUUGUUGAACACAACGGAUACCAUUGUCACUGAACAAGAUGCUUUACCAAAUAUCAACUCCUUGAGAGGUUUAGAUGUUAUAAAUCAGAUCAAAACAGCCAUAGAAAUAGCUUGUCCCCACACUGUUUCUUGUGCUGAUAUUCUUACACUUUCUGCUGAAAUAUCUUCCGUUUUGACCGGAGGGCCAGGUUGGUUGGUUCCACUGGGAAGAAGAGAUAGUUUAACAGCAAAUCAAUCACUUGCUAAUAUAAAUCUUCCAGGUCCAUCUUUCAGUUUAACUCAACUUAAAUCUGCUUUUGCUGAUCAAGGCCUCACCACACGUGACCUAGUAUCACUCUCAGGUGCUCAUACAUUUGGAAAAUCACGUUGCUUUUUAUUCUCUGAUCGCUUAUACAACUUCAACAAUACUGGCAAACCUGAUCCAACUCUUGAUACAACAUACUUAAAAGAAUUGCAAAAACAGUGUCCUGAGGACGGACCGGGAGAUAACCGUGUCAAUUUUGAUCCAACUACUCCUAAUAGAUUGGACAAAAACUACUACAACAAUCUUCAAGUUAAAAAGGGUUUGCUUCAAAGUGAUCAAGAAUUGUUCUCAACUCCAGGUGCAGAUACUAUUGCCAUUGUCAACCGUUUUGCCAAUAACAAAAUUGUUUUCUUUAAGAAUUUUAAGAAGUCAAUGAUUAAAAUGGGAAAUAUUGGCGUGCUUACCGGAACGAAAGGUGAAAUUAGAAAACAAUGCAAUUUUAUUAACAAGGAAUCUUCUGAAUUGGAUCUUGCUACUGUGACUUCUACAGAAUCAAUUGAGGGGGGUGUGGUUAGUUCAAUCUAA